UUAUUUUAUCGUUAUCCAACACUGUAGGGUCGCUUUUAUUAAACAGCUGAUCGUUGAAAAAUGUUAAGCAAGUAAACAUUUUUCUUCACAGCUGCUUUGUUAUAUUUUUCAGUGCGAAAUUGUUGAUAUUGUUCUUUAUAAAAGCAGUUAAAAAACGUCAAAAUGGGUAACCAGUUGGUGGGUAUAGCCCCAUCCCAAAUAUACCCAAUGGAUCAUUAUUUUUCGGGUACCGAAAUUGUUUUCGAAUCAAACAUGGGCAGUACCCGUUUCUUCAAAGUGGCCAAAGCAAAAUCAGAGGAGGGUUUAGUGGUGGUGAAAGUGUUUGUGAGACAUGAUCCUACGUUACCGCUGGAGUAUCACAAAGAACGUCUUGAGUAUAUAAAAAAAUCUCUAGCGAAUGCUGUGAAUUGCUUACCAUUCCAGAGAGUUGAGUUAACUGAUAAAGCCGCAUAUAUAACGCGUGAAUAUGUAAAACACAGUUUGUACGAUCGGGUCUCCACGCGACCCUUCCUCACAACGCUUGAAAAGAAGUGGAUAACAUUUCAAAUACUCUGUGCAUUGAACCAAUGCCACAAGCAAAAAAUCUGUCACGGUGACAUAAAGCUGGAGAAUAUCCUUAUAACUUCAUGGAAUUGGGUUUUGCUCUCCGAUUUCGCAUCAUUUAAACCAACAUACCUCCCAGAAGACAAUCCCGCCGAUUACACAUACUUCUUUGACACCAGCAGACGGCGUACUUGCUACAUAGCGCCUGAACGUUUCGUUAAAACCUUUUCAUCUGACGAUGCCGAAGGCUACGGCGCUAUGAUACCCACUGAUUCACUAGUGCGCCUAGGGCCGUAUAUUUCAGAUAAUACGCUUGUGCCCUCUAUGGAUAUAUUUUCAGCAGGUUGCGCGCUAUUAGAAUUGUGGACUGAGGGCACAGCACCGUUUGAACUUUCGCAGCUACUUUCCUAUCGUAGCGGUGAAAAUGAGUUGGUGUACAAACAUUUAGAGAGCAUUGAAAACGAAAAUCUGCGCGCACUACUCGGUUCCAUGAUCAACUUGAACUCAAUAUACAGAAAAAGUGCUGAAGACUAUUUAGACGAGGAACGUGGGCGUCUAUUCCCCGAAUACUUUUACUCAUUUCUGCAAUCCUAUUUGCAAAUGUUCUCCUCCUCACCAAUAAUGUCGCCAGAUGAUAAAAUCUUACGUUUACAUUCCGAUAUUGGUCAUUGCAUUAAGGUGUUAACCCAUGAUCCAAACUUAACACCAGAGGAAGAAAUUGAUGCUAAUCAUUCUACUGUAAAUACGGAUAGCUGUCAACGUCUGCCGCCUGAACAGGAUGGUUUGAUUUUGAUAAUCACAGUUGUUACCUCGUGCAUACGUGGUCUAAAGCAGUCAAAUACAAAAAUUUGUUCACUCGAGAUUCUACAUAGAUUAUGCAAGUACACCACUUCGGAUACCAUUUUGGAUCGCAUACUGCCCUAUAUUCUUCAUCUGGCGCAAAACUCAACUUCAAAAGUACAAGUCCAAGCUAUCGAAACACUAACUUCGUGUCUCGGCAUGGUUAAACAAAUACCAUUGAGUGACGCAAAUGUCUUUCCCGAGUAUAUUUUGCCCUCCAUAGAGAAAUUGUGCAGCGAACCCAGCGCAGUUAUUGUACGCGUCGCAUUCGCGCGUAAUAUUGCCAAAUUAGCGAAAAUCGCUAUAUAUUUCCUAGAAGAAACACAACGAAAUGCACCAAAUGAUAUGCCGGCGCGCAGAUACGAGGCCGAACUGAAUGCCUUGCAUGAUAUAAUACAACAAAAUGUGCUCAGUCUGCUGACCGAUUCGAAGCCAAUUGUCAAGCAAACGCUCAUGGAGUCGGGCAUUUGUGAUCUGUGCGGCUUCUUUGGCAAGGAGAAAGCUAAUGACAUUAUACUGUCCCACAUAAUGACCUUCCUCAAUGAUGAUGAUAAAAAUCUGCGCGGUUCUUUCUACGAUAAUAUCGCCGGCGUUGCGGGUUAUGUCGGUUGGCAGGCCUCCGACAUACUUGUACCGCUUUUGCAUCAGGGUUUCACGGAUCGUGAAGAAUUUGUAAUUAGUAAGGCCAUACGAGCUAUAACGAUACUCAUCGAGCUGGGUCACAUUAAGAAGCCCACAAUCACCGAGAUUAUCAAGGAGACGUGUUGUUAUUUAUGCCACCCUAACUUGUGGAUACGCCAUGAGAUUUGUGGCAUGAUUUCUACAGCGGCACGUACCUUGAGUGCCAUAGAUGUACAGGUCAAGAUUAUGCCGGCGAUUAAGAGAUUCCUUAAGAUACCGCUGAUACAAGUGGAAAAGCCCGAUUUAUUGCUGGACUGCUUGCAGCCACCAAUCCCUCAACAAAUCUACGAUAGUAUUAUAAGAUUUAAUGACAUACAAAUGUUGGUGAAUGAACUAGAAAAUCGCGCCAUCGCACGCAAUAAUCCCAGACCGGUUUUGUUGCCGCAACACGACGAAUCUAGCCAAGCUUUAAAAAAUCUUUUCUGCCGCUUAACCUCUGAGGGUCUCAAUGAUUUGGUGGAAAUGCAGCUGCUAGCUUUCAAGCCAUACUUAUUCAAGCUGAAGCACAAAGCACAACAAGAAGUAGAUGAGCCCACAUCUGGUAAUGGACGCAUUGUGAUCACGCGCAAAAAUGUGCUAUGCCACGAAUACCCACUAGCUGAUAAGCUCUCCAAAUCGCCACAGGAAGCCCGUGUGAAUGAGGGUAUUAUGCCUUCUACUGCGUCUCCCGCAACCGAGGCGGCUGUUACGUCGUUGGGCAGUAUAGCAGGCAGCCCUCCGACUGGCAUUACCCUGCUUGGCGGCACAGCGCACCCGACGGCUGUGAGCGCUGCCACUUCGCUUGGAGAGUAUACCAUGCCCGAACGCAACUAUUGGCAGGAACGCUCAUCGGAGUGCCGUAAAGAUUUGGAUGCGCUGCGUAUGACGUUUAAAAAUCGCUACAGCAUGCUCGCGUUUUCACAGCACAGCCACAAUGAGCGGCUCAACUCAGUUUAUCCGCCAGGUUGGUCGCUAAAUGGCACUAUGAUAGCGCAUCUGCAUGAGCAUUCUGAAUCUGUGAUUAAGAUGACAUCGUUGAGACCGUACGGCUCCGUUUUUGCCAGCGGCAGCAUUGAUGGCACAGUGCGACUGUGGGACUGCAAUAAAUUAAACGGUAAUCAGGGCAUCAACCGGUCACGGCAAGUGUACUCGGCCAAUACACCAAUUUAUGCGCUGGUCGCUUGUGAUGGCGGUCAGUCGUUGGCCGUGGGUGGCAAAGAUGGCAGCAUGCUCAUUAUGCGUAUCGACCGAAAUUCCUCGAAAAUGACGCUGCAACAGGCGUUGCAUUUAGACGAAGGUGAGAAUAGUGAUGGUGCUGUGGUGGAUAUGCAAACAUACGAUCAGAGCGUUAUUAUCUAUGCGACUGUGUAUGGCGGCAUUGUUGGUUGGGAUACGCGGGUACAAAAGCCCGUCUGGCGUUUGGAAAACGAACUGCAACACGGUGUCAUAACGACCAUGUGUGUCGAUUCGGCUGGUUCAUGGUUAGCCACCGGCACCAGUGGUGGCAAGCAUAUCUGCUGGGAUUUACGCUUCCGCUUGCCAAUCGCCGAAAUUAAACAUCCAAAUGGCUCACGCAUACGAAAAGUGGCCUGUCAUCCCACAGAGCCUUCAUAUCUAAUUUCAGCCUCACAAUCCAACAAUGAAGUCUCGCUGUGGAACAUCGAAACGGGUCAUCGCCAAGCAGUAUUGUGGGCCAGCACCACGCCAGUGUUAUCGAACAUACAAAUGAGCGAGACAUCAACUUCAUGUGGUCUGCUGAGCGGUGUAGUCGAUAAAUCACCAUUCUUGUUAACCGGUAGCUCAGAUCAACGCAUACGUUAUUGGGAUCUAAACGAGCCGAAAAAUUCGUCGCUUAAAGUGCCCGCAGCCAAGGAUAAUCUUGAAGACGUUUCAUUCACCUACGACUCGCAAAUCAUAGACGGCAGUCAAGUAAUUUAUGAACAAGAACUCGAAUUGAGCAAUCCCGCAGGCUUGAAUUCGCCAGGUUGUGCUAUGGAAGAGAAUCCGCGUUCCGGCCCAGACAUGCCCUCACCAUGUCAUCACGAUGCUAUAACCGAUUUACUAAUGUGUAAAACGGAUAAGGGACAGAUUUAUGUGGCUUCGGCUGCCCGUGAUGGUGUUAUAAAGUUGUGGAAGUAGACAUAGAAAUGCUAUUAUUUAUUUAAAAAUAACUUAUUUUGUAUUAUACAAAAUAUGCAUGGUAUAAGCUGAAAAUAUUUUAUAUGCAUAAGUAAGCAAGUGCAUACGAGUAUACAUAUAUAAAGAUAUAUAUUUAUAUAUAAGUAUGCC